AUUAUUGUAUAAUAGCUUCAUCCAAACAACCUGAAACCCAGGUUUAAAUUGAAUUGUGGUUUUGGUGAGACGCCGAAUUGAGAAUGGGCGAAGAAGAAGAAAAAGUAGCCUCAUCCGUCCCUCCUUCGCCUCCUCCUCCUCCUCCUCCAUUUGAUCCCAGUCGAAUGAUUGGUAUCAUCAAAAGGAAGGCUUUGAUUAAAGAAUUGGCUGCCUUAUACCACGCAGAGUGCCUUGCUUACUGUCAACAACUUUUGGAACUUCAAAAAAAAUGGGAAGAGCCAUUUGUGGAUACAAAGACUCCUGAUGAUUUACGGAAAGAAACAAUGAAGCCCCCCAAGCGUCUAAAGAAGACCCGUUGAGGGUAUUGUAAGAGUUGAAUCUAAAUCUUGUGCCGGUUCUGCAAAAUAUGCAAUGUUAAAAUGUUUUAACAUCAUUCUGGAAUUCAUAUUUUCUUGGUGAUGGAUGUGCUCACUGACAGGUUUAAAGAUGCUAUAUCAUCUCUGACCACUUAAUACUGAAAGGCAAUAGCUAGGGAGGGAAAGGUCUAUAAUUAUGUUGUUACUGUGUAUAGUAAACUCCAGUUACAUUGUUUUGGAUUAUGAUUAUUAAAAACAUAAAUGUGAAGUGUGCCGCCGGUGGACCAAACCUUUUCUUUUGCUUA